AUGGAAAGGAUUAAGCAACUUUCAUCACAGCUUAUGGGUUCAGGAUCCGGUCGCGCACGACUCGAGGCAAAGUCGCCAGACGACGUCGUAGUCACAAUGGCUAUACGCUCUCCAAUGUGCAAGGCCCGCAAAGGUGGUUUCAAAGAUACAAGGAGCGAUGAGCUCUUGACAGCCAUGUUCAAGGCAGCUAUAGCAAACUGCCAAGUAGACCCGAAGUCUAUUGAGGACAUUUGCGUCGGCACCGUCCUCCCUCCCCGCGCACCUUAUGAAGCACGUGCUGCUGCACUUGCAGCGGGUAUCCCAGAGACGACGCCCUUGCAAACCAUCAACCGGUUCUGCUCUAGCGGACUAAUGGCCGUCACCACCAUUUCAAACCAAAUCCGUGCGGGACAGAUUGAAAUUGGUUUAGCCGUUGGCGUAGAAAGCAUGACCAUGAACGCCGAUAGGGAUACGGGAUACAGCGAGGAAAUUAUGCAACAUCCCGUCGCCAAAGAUUGCAAGAUGCCCAUGGGCUGGACGUCGGAAAAUGUGGCGACAGAAUUCAAUAUUAGUCGAGAAUCCAUGGACGAGUUUGCUGCGCUAUCUUUCCAGCGUGCUUCAAAAGCGCAAAAAGAGGGCAUAUUCAAGACGGAGAUUGUGCCUAUCGAAGCAAUCAAGGUUGACCCUAAAACCGGUGCACGCUCAAAAAUUAUCGUCAGCGAGGACGAUGGUAUUCGCCAUGGUACGACCGCCGAAGCGCUCUCAAAGAUCAAGAGCGCAUUCCCUCAGUGGGGAGAAGGAAAAACGACGGGAGGAAACGCUUCCCAAGUCACUGACGGUGCUGCGGCCGUCUUGCUCAUGACGAGGCGACGGGCGGAAGCACUCGGGCUAAAAAUCUUGGCCAAACACGUCACUACGUCAGUUGCGGGAUUGGCUCCUCGGAUUAUGGGAAUAGGUCCAAGUAUAGCGAUCCCCAUGGCCCUCGAAAAGGCCGGGAUAACCAAAGACGACAUCAAUGAGGCUUUCGCUUCAAUGUAUGUCUACUGUGUCCGAAAGCUUGACCUCGACAUUGAAAAGGUCAAUGUAAAUGGUGGUGCAAUUGCCCUCGGUCAUCCAUUAGGUACGACGGGAGCCAGGCAGAUAGCCACGGGGUUAAAUGCAUUGGAGCGUCGUGGCGGAAAGAUCUUAGUCACGUCAAUGUGCAUUGGCCUCGGGAUGGGUGCGGCAGCCGUCUUUGUUCGGGACUGA